UACAGCUGCAAGGCCAUGUCUCAGGACGGAGGAGCCCGGCCCAAAGUGAGACCCGACUCCAGUGCCGGCGGGAGGUGGCGUUCCCGGACGCCCCAGUCCUCGGAGAGGCGAAGGCAGGCGUCGCUGGAGGUGGAGCCCUCCGGGGCAGGCGGGUGCCCAGCGGAGCCCGGCAAAGGGACGGGACGCUCUCUGCGCCAGAAGCUGCAGGCGGCCAUGGGCCACUGCUUCCCCCUCAAGAGCGCCCCCCGCUCCCCCGACCUCUCCUCCCAGCGCAAGAUCCACCUCCGGGAGCUGAUGCUGGACACCUGCCCCUUCCCGCCGGGCUCGGAGCUGGCUCGCACGUGGAACCUGAUCAAGCAGCACACGGCGCCCGUCUCCGAACACGAGGCCCUGGGCCCGCCCGCCCUGGAAGACGAAGACGACCGGCUGCGCGAGAGGCGGCGAAUCAGCAUCGAGCAGGGGGUGGAGCCCCCUCCGGACGCCCUGAUCCACACUUUCGAGGUCACGGCCCAGAUCAACCCGCUCUACAAGCUGGGGCCCAAACUGGCGCACGGCAUGAACGAACUGGCCGGGGCCAGCCGGGCUAUGCUGGCCGUGGCGGACGAAGGGGACGAAGAGGAAGAGGAGGCCGAAGCGGCUUGCGCCGCCCCGCCCGAGGCCCGGGACGGCUUGCGGGUGCACACCCAGAUCGACUACAUUCACUGCCUGGUGCCCGACCUGCUGCAGCUGACCCAGCUUCCGUGCUACUGGGGCGUCAUGGACCGCUACGAGGCCGAGGCCCUGCUGGAGGGGAAGCCGGAAGGCACCUUCCUGCUGCGGGAUUCGGCCCAGGAGGACUACCUCUUCUCCGUCAGCUUCCGGCGCUACGGGCGGUCCCUCCACGCCCGCAUCGAGCAGUGGAACCACAACUUCAGCUUCGACGUGCACGACCCCAGCGUCUUCCACGCGCCCACCGUGACGGGCCUGCUGGAGCACUACAAGGACCCCAGCGUGUGCAUGUUCUUCGAGCCGCUUCUCUCCAUCCCCGUGAACCGCACCUUCCCCUUCGGCCUGCAGCACCUCUGCCGCGCCGUGGUGACCGGCUGCACCACCUACGACGGCAUCGGGCAGCUGCCCAUCCCCAGCGCCCUGAAGGAGUACCUCAAAGAGUACCACUACAAGCAGAGGGUGAGGAUCCGGCGGCUAGACACCUGGUGGACCUGAGCGG